AUGUGUGCCUCUCCAAGGCACAACAGGCAGAGAGAGUGUCCGUCAGAGGGCGGUAGUUUGCUGCCACACCGGCUGCACUUUGUAAUAAGAAGAAGAGAAAAGGAAACGGAGAAGAAGAAAAUAGGAGAAGAGGAUCUCAGCAGUGGUGGCAGUGGCGUUGCUGGUGAGGCGAGCAGGCGGCGGGAGCCCCGCGCCCAAAACAAAACACAGCCGGCCUGGAAGAGGCUGCUUUCCCUGGUGCUGCAAACCUUCAACAUGCGCUGCGUGCUGCCCGCCGCUGUGAUGCUGGGCGCAGCCCCCACCUACAUGCUGGCCUGGGGGGCUUGGUGCCUGCUUUCGACUGUGCUACCCACCCGCUUCUACCACAAGGUGGAUGACCGGCUGUACACCAUCUACCUGAGCAUGGUGCUCUUCUUCUUCGAGAACUACACCGGCGCACAGAUAAUUCUUUAUGGUGAUUUGCCAAAGACUAAAGAGAAUGUGGUGUUUGUGUCAAAUCAUCAGUGUACAGUUGACUGGAUUAUAGCAGGCAUGUUGGCCAUCAGGCAGAAUGCUCUUGGACAUAUUCGAUAUGUUUUGAAAGACCGGUUAAAAUGGCUUCCUUUAUACGGGUGGUAUGUUUCUCAGCAUGGUGGAAUCUAUGUGAAACGAAGUGCCAAAUUUAAUGAAAAGAAAAUGAGGAACAAGUUACAAACCUAUAUUAAAGCUAAGAGUCCAAUGUAUCUUGUGAUUUUUCCAGAGGGAGCACUUUACAGUCCAGAACAACCAAAAGUCAUUGCAGAUAGUCAGUCAUAUGCUGAUAAGGAAGGGCUUGCAGUGUUAAAGCAUGUUCUUACACCACGGGUGAAGGCUACAUACGUUGCUGUUGAUUCAAUGAAGAACUACUUAGAUGCAAUUUAUGAUGUCACAGUAGCAUAUGAAGGUACUUUGGACCACAAAGGACAAAGAAAAGUGGCACCAUCCAUGAAAGACUUUCUUUGUAAGGAGUGCCCAAGAAUCCAUAUUUUCGUUGAUCGGAUUGAACUAAAGGAUAUUCCAAAAGAACAGAUAUUUAUGAAAAGAUGGCUUCAUGAACGUUUUGAAAUCAAGGAUAAAUUACUAACAGAAUUCUAUGAUGCAAAAGAUUCUAAAAGAAGAAACAAGUUCCCUGGGAAAUGUGUUCAUUCCAAACUAAGUCUCAAGAGAACUUUGCCAUCCUUACUGUUUUUAAGUGGCCUGACAGUAUGUAUGCUACUCACAGAAUUUGGAAGGGAACUUUACAUGAAAACUUGGAUAUAUGGGACUUUAUUAGGCUGUCUGUGGGUCAGUGUUAACGUGUAAGAAGAUUCUGAGCCUACACUCAGUGACAUUAUUGUCCUGUCUUGCACAUCACAGCAAACUCUUUCUUGAAUUUAUAAAAAACAAAUGUAAAUAAAGCCUUAUUAAUGGAA